UCUCCUGCAGGGGAGGGCAACCUGAGACUUGCGCACUCGCCUCGUCCAGGCAGCGCAGGAACUCGGAGGCUUCCGUAGAGGGAGGGAGAAAGAUGGCGGCGGCAGCACUGGAACGUUUGGGUGCAUUAUGGAUGCAGAAUCUGAGGGGGAAGCUGGCCUUAGGACUUCUUUCAUCUCACAGCGUUUUACCCCAGUCACAUAUCCACACAACUGCAUCUCUGGACGUAUCUCGAAAAUGGGAAAAGAAGAAUAAAAUUGUUUAUCCUCCACAAUUGCCUGGUGAACCUCGGCGACCAGCAGAAAUCUACCAUUGUCGAAGGCAAAUAAAAUACAGCAAAGACAAGAUGUGGUAUUUGGCAAAGUUGAUACGAGGAAUGUCCAUUGACCAGGCUUUGGCUCAAUUGGAAUUCAGUGACAAAAAAGGGGCCCAGAUAAUUAAAGAGAUUCUCUUAGAAGCACAAGAUAUGGCAGUGAGAGACCACAAUGUGGAAUUCAGAUCCAAUUUAUAUAUAGCUGAGUCAACCUCAGGGCGAGGCCAGUACCUGAAACGCAUCCGAUACCACGGCAGAGGUCGCUUUGGGAUCAUGGAGAAGGUUUAUUGCCAUUAUUUUGUGAAGUUGGUGGAAGGCCCUCCACCUCCACGUGAGGCACCGAAGACGGCGGUCACCCAUGCCAAGGAGUAUAUUCAGGAGCUUCGUAACCGGACCAUUAUUCACACUCUGUGAUGGGGGGUUCAGAUUCCACAGUGUAUAUAUUUUGCCAUUUAUUUUCUAAAACGAGACAAAUUAAAGACAAAUGCUUUUUAUGA